GUGCAGUCCCUGACGAUCAUUCAUGAUAAGAUAAGGUCACGUGACAACCAAAACAAUUGGCAGGCAGCUCAAGGUUGAGCAUCUUGGUUCUGCAUCACAACAAUAAAAUGGCGACGGAAGACGAGCGCUACAGGCAGUCAAGCCAGUAUCGGCUCUGGUCUUUUACGCCAGCGAAUCUUCAAGAACUACGCGCAAAAACAAACUCUCUCGCUCGGGAACAGAUCGCUCCUCGACUUGCGACGGAUCCUCCGCCCGACUUUCUAACCCCCGAUGAAGAGAUACGCCUCGUCAAGUUCUUCACCGUCGAACUAAUUCGUGCGGCUCAAUUCUGCGAACUUCCUACUGAGAUUCGAGCAACGGCCGCUAUCUUUCUGCGACGAUUCUACGUGACCAACUCGGUCAUGACCUACCCUGCGACCGACCUCCUCAAAACAUCGCUCUUCUUUGGAUGCAAGGCUGAAGGUUUCUUUUACAAACUAAAUGCCUUUUCGGAGAAGUUCCCAAACACAACAGGGGAGCAGAUUCUAGCGGGAGAGUUUCUCCUUUGCCAGGGGAUCCGCUUUGCUUUUGAUGUGCGACAUCCUUUCAGAGCCCUCGAGGGUGCUAUCCUAGAGUUGAGAAGGAGGCUACCAGACGAAGAGACGCGAAUCAACAAGGCGCACGCUCGAGCGCGAGACAUUCUCAAGUUCAGUCCUUUGGUGACAGACGCAUAUUUCCACUAUGCGCCUAGUCAAAUCAUGAUGGCGGCGCUUUCCAUGGUGGACCACGGAUUGCUCGACACUUUGAUCCCGACUCCUGGUCAAGGCGGCAAUGCUAGUCAGGAGUCAGCAUUUGCAAACAUGCGAGACAAGAUUCUUGGAGCUGUGGACAACUGCCGCAAGAUGCUUGAAGAGGAACCUCCCGAGAGAAUGACAGAGUACUGGGGAACGUCGAAGGGAGCUCUUCAUCACCCUAUGAAACAGCUGGAAUGCAACGCUAGCAGUGCCGAGUCCUUGGCAGCGUCUUCAAUUGAGUUGUCUGUUACGCGGUUCGGUUGCCUCCAACGCCUUGAACCGCUUCAACAAACAGGCUUUUCUCAAGGUCAAUACGAGGAGAGUUACUCCGUAGUUACGAUAGCAAAUGGAAUCUCUCGCAUUGUCCAAUUGAAUUCACGUCUCUCCCAUGGCUUCCCCGGCUUUCGGCACACGGCAAGCCACGACAGAGCUUCAACCCUUCACCUCGUCUCAGACCAAGAGCCUUGGCGUGGGCUGAGUAGCACUUCAUCAUUCUGGCCAUUGAUGACGCGGGAGCUCUUGGUCUAUGUCAUUGACUCUCUUUUGAGUCUGGUCUCGCGAAGGCUCGUGCUGGGCGAAGCUUUACCAAUUGGCCAGGAUGAUGCCGCGAGAGCUAACGGGGUCUUGUCGAGCUUGUUUCUCGAGGAGUUCUUAAGCUGUGUGUUCCCCCCGUGUUUUGGGUUUUUGAUCAUUAAAAUGAAGCUGCAGUCUCUUGUCACCCUCGCCCUCUCGGGCUAUGCUACUGCCCAGAGCCGUCCCAACCUUACUGCUGCUCUUGAGUCUGAGAACUCUACCCUUUCUGAGCUCAGCGGCCUUCUUCGUGCCCAGCCCAGUCUUCUCAGAGACCUUGGCCGUCUUAGGAAUGUCACCAUCUUGGCCCCAAGCAACGAUGCUAUCAAGGACCUCCUCAAUGACACUGCUGUUGCCCGCAUGGUCGACAACGAUCCAAGCUCCGUCGCUGCUAUCCUUCAGUAUCACGUUCUGAACGGUACCUACUAUGCCAGCAACAUCAGCGACACACCCGCCUUUGUCCCUACACUCCUCAACAACGCGACAUAUGCCAAUGUCACCGGUGGACAGCGUGUCGAGGCUCUGGCCAUGGGCGAUACCGUUAGCUUCUACAGUGGUUUCCGUCAGCAGUCCAAUGUCACCAAGGCUGACCUCAACUUUACCGGUGGUGUCAUUCACAUCAUCAACAAGGUCCUCGCUGUUCCCAAGAACCUUUCCGACACGGCCAUCGCCGCCAACCUCUCCGCCGUUGCUGGCGCUCUCACCGAGUCCAAGCUCGCCACCAACCUCACCAAUGAGAAGAACAUCACUGUCUUUGCUCCUAGCAACAGCGCCUUUGCCAACAUUGGAUCUAUCCUCUCCAACUUGAGCGAGUCUGAUCUCGAGGGCAUUCUCAAGUAUCACGUUGUCAACAACACCCUUGGCUACAGCUCAACCCUCAAGAACGGUUCUCUUACCACUUCUGAGGGCGAGAAGCUCAAUAUUGUCAUUCACAACGGCACUGUCUUUGUCAAUGAGGCCAAGGUCAUUGUUCCUGAUGUCCUCAUCGCCAAUGGUGUCGUCCAUGUCAUUGAUGCUGUCCUCAACCCCGACAAGCCCUCUGCCACCGCCAACCCAACCGCCAGCACCCAGGAGGCCGCUUUCUCCGGCGCCAGCUCCGUCAGCGACAUCCCCUUCACAUCGGGCGUUCCCGAGAACACAGCAGAGGCCACUGGUCUGUCGCCUUCGACCUCAACUGAAGGCGCUGCUCAGGCCACGGCUGCCAUUGCGCUCGGCGCCUUGUUUGGUGGUGCUGCCCUUGUCAUGAACUUCUAAGCUUGGUCGGGUUAAUGGUUAAUGGUCAUGUGAACGGUAUGGAUUAAUGGACGAUAGUAAUGAUGGAUUGGAUACAUUAUUUGACCCACGGCUUGUACUUUGCAGUAAAAGUUUAGC